AUUAUUCUCUCCUCCACAUACAGAGAGCUGACACUCGACACCGCUCAAUCCUCGUACCCAAUUACGGCCGGAGGAAACUUCCCCACGACCGAGUGCUGGUUGUGGGCCGUCUUCUUCUGUUGGAUUGGUAUCACACCUACAUUGUGUUUUCUCCGGCUGGCUUAGAGGAUUUCCCGUUCCCGGAGAUGAAUAAUAUUCUAUGGGAACCAGCCGUUUGGUUACUGAGAAAACUUGAAAAUGGAAGAAGAUAAAAAUGAGGAUUCUAUCUUUAAAAGCCGACAAGAUGGUUGCACAGGAGUUCACCGUUGAUUUGAAUAAACCCCUCGUCUUCCAGGUCGGCCAUCUGGGAGAAGCUUAUCAAGAGUGGGUUCAUCAACCCAUUGUUAGCAAGGAAGGCCCUCGAUUCUUUGAAAGUGAUUUUUGGGAGUUCUUGACCCGCACAGUUUGGUGGGCAGUUCCAACCAUUUGGCUGCCAGUUGUAUGCUUUUGCAUCUCCAUGACAAUACAAGUGGGCCAUACACUUCCUCAGGUAGCUCUGUUGGUGGUAGCUGGCAUUUUUGUGUGGACACUUGUCGAGUAUACCUUGCACCGUUUCCUUUUCCACAUCAAAACGAAGACAUACUGGGGAAACACCAUGCAUUAUCUUCUUCAUGGCUGCCAUCAUAAGCACCCAAUGGAUGGCUUGAGACUUGUUUUCCCACCUGCUGCAACAGCUAUACUUUUGGUACCGUUCUGGAACUUCGUCAAGCUUAUAUCUACUCCUACAACCACUCCUGCAUUGUUUGGAGGCGGUUUACUGGGUUAUGUGAUGUAUGAUUGCACCCAUUACUACCUCCACCAUGGUCAACCAUCGAGCAAUGUGCCACGAAAUCUCAAGAAAUACCACUUGAAUCAUCAUUUCCGGGUCCAGAAUAAAGGGUUUGGGAUCACAUCAGCGUUAUGGGACAAGGUGUUUGGAACACUUCCUUCAUCAAAAACAGCUGAGAAAAGUAGAUAAUAUAUGGAAUGUAGCAUCUAUUUCAUGGGCUAUGAGUAGCUAGUUUCAGGGUAUUCAACUAAUAUAUUUUUAAGCGAUCUUUCAUCUGCUGUGAAUUUAUUUUGAUAUUGUGUCUCUUCUUGAUGCCUUUACUGUGGUGGAAAGUACCUUAUAAUUGGGAUGUAUGUCAUCAGGUUUGUUUGUGAAGGGAAAGUUCUCAUACUUGUCUAAUUACCAAUUUGUCUAGAUUGCUUGUUCAUUGUUCUAUGUCCCCCGAGUAAUGUAAUUUUGAUAGCCUGAAAUUCUCUCAUUGGUUUACAACUUUUAGAAGGAAAGAAAAUGCCUUUUUUCUUUUCU